AUGAGCAUGGCUGCCCCCCACAGCAGCUCCACCACUGGGACAUUCAGCUUUACGUCAGGACGGACUGGGAGAACUGGUCUCAAGAACCCUUUCUGGGGAGGGUUGAAUCCGAACUCCCUGGGUGCAGCUGGCCAGAGCACACCCUUUCCCUUCCACACGGCCAGCACGCCUCAGAACACGUCUGGGAUUACAGCCACCACCUCGGGCUUCGGAGGUAUGACCCUCACCACCAGCAGUGGAACCAGUAGUUCUGUGUUUGGCAGCACUACCUCAUCGCCCUUCACGUCUGGGCUGUCAGCGUGCCCUGCUCACAGUGGGGACUUUGGGUUGAGCGUGGCUGCCCCCCACAGCAGCUCCACCACUGGGGCGUUCGGCUUUGGGGAGGACAGAGUGGGAGCACUGGUGGCACGACCCCUUUCUGGGGUGGCUUGA